AUGUGGGUCCUGCUAAGGCACGCCAGGAAACCAGUCUGCUGCCAGAAGGGCCAUAGGCUCCCACAGCUAGUAGGCCUGGCUCCAGAAAAGGUGCAGGGAGCCUGGAGAACACUGGGGCCGGUCAGAGAGUGUGUGUUGCGCCCAAAGGCUCAGGCGUUGGAGAGGGAGGAAAGUGCGAUCAAGAACAGAGCCAUGGAAGACCCUGGCUCUGUUUCCCUCUCCAAUUCCAGAGUCGAAGACAGUCGGGUGCCUCUCGCCCUAGGUGGUCUGUCUGAGGAAGCUCUGAAAAUCAAGACUUCUGACAAUAAAACCAACAAGAAGCCCAAGAGCAGGAUUGAUGUACUGGCCACGCCGAAAGCCAACCAGCAGAUCCAUACAAACAGCUCCUCGGGUCACUGGCCAGAUAAGAAACAACCAGACAACUCUCACAAAAUGAAAAUGCCAAUCAUAAGUCUCAGACUCGAACAACUUGCUAAACCCAAACCGAUCUACCUGUUUUACAACGAAAACAGACCAUCACCCAUCUGGAAUGUAUCACGGGCUGCUAUGCUGGCAGAGGCCUCACCACGUUUGAAGACACUGUCAGCCCCGAAGACCUCGAGUAACAUCUGGCUGACAGGACUUUCCAAUUCCACCCCAGUGUCUAAGGCGGCACUGACUGCCCAACCCAAACCUCGCACCAUAGAGCUGGCGGUCCCUAAGAACCAGGCAUCCCACUCGACUAAGAAGCUGACCAAGAUUAAGUUUCCUUCAUCAGACUUGAAACGGCUGCAGUCGCUAGCUGAACCGAAACCAGAGCCUCGGUCAUAUCUACCUAACAGACCUGCCCAGUGGCCCGUGGGGGAAAGCACCAAGAAUGCCGUGGCAUCACAGCGUAUCAUCCAGCUAGCCAAGCCGAAGGAGCGGAAGGGGGUCCGUGGGAAGUACAACCCCUACUUAAUCUCCCAAGCCACUCUGAUGGCCGAGGCAUCUCCUCGCACUUUAGAACUUUCUACCCCCCGCACUGUGAAGCCGAAAAGACUCUGAGAUCUCUUCGGCUUUCCUUCCUUCUUUUUCUUUCUCUUGCUCGGUCCUUCCCUUUCUUUCCCUUUCCUUGGUAAAAGGUCUCCUCUUCACUCAUC